GCAUUUUCUAGCAGUCACCUUUGUAAAUAGAUGGCACUUUUAGGGAUUUAGAACAAAAUCUCCAAUGAUCUACCCCAAUUGUCGGGACUCAGACGAAACAUAAAAAGUGCCCCAUUUGUCGGGGGAAGGGGCAAAAUUGGUGUUUUUUCGCAUACACCACUCUCGAUGCGCCAUCUCGCGAUGCUUCGGCAAUCAAUGUUGACGUUCGAGUCGGAGAUAAAAAUGGAGUUUGUACGAGAAAUUUUGGAAAAUAUUUGCUAAGUAAUUUUUCGAAAUAUAACAGCUUCGGGGAAUUUUGCAAAUCCUGUGCCAUUUCCGUUGAUUCCCAGAGUGUUUUAGGGAGUGUUUUGUGGUGUUGUUUGAGUGGUGAAGGUGGCCAGUAGAGACAAGACGCGCUUGGGACAUUUACGUGAAGCCAAGCGCCCCGAAAGCUUUCUCCUCACGACACGGCAGAAACUUUUGCAGCAAUUUAAACUUGUUGUUGCUGAGGGAAAACCUGAGUUGAAGAUGGCAGAGGUGAAGUCAGUGAAAGUGGAUAAUUGGGGAGUGUUCUUCCUGCAGAAGCUUCAGAAUUUUUUCAAUAAAACGGACUACUGCGAUCUCACAUUGCAGUUUCGGGACAAUUCCCAGCUGAAAGUGCAUCGAUUGGUGCUAAGCGCCUGCACGGACUACUUUAAUUUGCUGGAGACAACAUGCGAGAUGCACGGAGAUAUUCUCAUCAUGCCCCGUGACCUACAAGCUGAUGUUGUGGUGCCAAUUGUGAAUUUUAUGUACACGGGCACCCUGGAAUUCGAGGUAUGUAUGUAUGAGCGUUUGCUAAAAACUGCCCGUGAUAUGAAUAUGACGGUGCUGCUGAAACUCCUGGAAGCCCACCGUCGAUCCAUUCCCAUUCGCUCAGCCCCCGUGAUUCUCAAUAAAUCCGCCCAGCAGCAACGGGUGGUGACCCGGGGCCCGGUUGUGCGUCAGCCUGAGCGCACGUACGCCUCAGCUGGCCGGAUCACCCAAAUCGGUGGGGUGACAAUUAAGAAAGAACCCGGAUUGUAUGUCCGGAAACCCGUUGACCCAGUUCCCGAACCCGUUGCUCUCGUCUCGAAAUAUCCCCAUGUCGGCUCCAAAACUGGCCCAAGUCGCUUUGAGCCACCGGAUGAGAAUGUCUCUGAGUCCUUUGAUUCCUCCUUCAAUCCCAUCUCGUACGAGAGUAAGCCCCUGAUCACGGCUGAGCAAGUGAGCCGGGAAGAAGAUGACACGGAGGACAAUAAAGCUUCGGUGUUUGAAAAGUUACGCAAAUCCGGCUAUACCAAUCCCAAUAAACGCCCAGCCGUCUCGGGAUCUUCCCCACCGCACAAGAAGCUCAAUCUGCAGGAUGUCAAGGAGUACACGGAGCAGGCAAAGAUGCGCAAACAAAUUGAAGCUGAGGAGGCAGAAGAUGAUCCACGGGAAUAUGAUGAACUCGAUGACACUUACUCGAAUUCCAGCGAUGAUCAGCAGGGCGGAAAGCCCUCCAAGGGUGGCAGGAAGGAUCAGAGACCAACUGUCGUGGUUCAGGAGAGCGGCAAAGUCAAUCAUGCCAAGAUUAUCAGUGAAGUGCUGAAGAAGUAUCCGCAUUUGGUGAAGAAUAACAAAAACAUCAAGCUGAAGAUUAUGCAAAAGUCUCCACAGGGCACCACCAGGACCGUGGAAACUGAACAGGUUGAGGUGAAACCCAAGCCUAGCUACCGCACAACUCCGCCGGCAAAGUUGCCAGUAGAUCCAAAGAGCCUGGCCCGUGGUGGAAGGAUUGACAGCAAGACGAUGCGUAUGCUUAUUGCCAAAGGAGCAGAAAAUAUGGAAGGGCCAUGGCUCUGUCUUCGCUGUGGCGUCGACGGACGUCCAAUUGGCAUUCCCACGUACAAGGGAUUCCGUCGGCAUCUGGUGAAUGUGCACAAUGAGAAGAUUGAUCCGAGAAUCUGCGAGCACUGUGGCUGGAAGUGCAGAAGUAGCCGCAAGGGUGAGCUGUACUAUCAUCAAUUGGUGAAGCAUAAGCUCAAGCCGCCAAGCGAUGUGGCCUUCCCGAAGUGCAAGGAGUGCCCAUUCAUAGCACCCGAUGAUAUGACCAUGUCCAAGCACAAUGUUGACGUGCACGGGAAGAAGAAGAUUCAGCAUCAGACAUGCAUUUACUGCAACAAGAGCUUCAACUCCGAAACAGCUCUCUACAAGCAUAUGCACAGUCAGCAUAAGCAGCGUGCUCGUCAGGAUGGCAUUCUCGAUGAAUCUGAGCCCGAAGAGGAGCAACACCACGAAGAAUCGUAUGAAGAUGAAACGGACAAAUAUGUCCCCAAUGUGGAGGAUAGUCAACUGACAGAGUCUCCAGAUCAGAAGAUCAAGAUACUCUCAAAUAUCUCCUUGCCAUCCAAGAGUAUUCCCUUCGUUCUCGAUCCAGCAGCUCAGCAUGUCAAUCAGAUUCAGGGCAAGACCACCAAACUCGAGCCAAGCAGUGAAGCAGAAGCCCUCAGCAAUGUGGCCAGUGGAAUUGCCACGAGUCUGGGUCUCGUGGAGGGCAGUGUGGUUCAGUUCCAGGGAGAUUCAGAUCUAAUAUCCAGUCAGUACAUUGAGGCUGCCAUGGCGGAUGUGCAUGGGGAGUAUGGGGACAAGAAGGCAGAUCAGGAGAUCAUGACGAAGUUGGUGACGGAAGAUGGGUCAGAAUUGGAACUGACAGCAGCUCAAAAGGAAGAACUAAUGUCACAGCUUCAGGGAGAGAAUGACAAUGUGGUGAUGGUUUUGAAUCAGGACAACUUUGUGGAGGGCAACACGCAGAUCAUUGACAGUGCUGACCAGAAGAUUGUUGUGGUGUACAGUCAGGCGGAUGAUGGACUCAAGGAGACUUAUCUGCAUGCAUCGGACAUCAAGGAUACCGUCUUGACUGCCAGUACACCAAUGGAGUGGCAGGAAUCCAACACACAAGAUACUGAAGACAACUCUCAGGAGAAUAUUACUACAUCACAGGAGGAAGAGGAUAAGAAGCCUGAAGUUUCAGUUGAAGAAUCAGCUGAUACUAAGAAGGCGAGUGAGGAAGAGAUGAAAAUUGAUGAGAGCACGAAAAAGUCCAAGAGUGAUGAGGACAAACUGAAAUUGAUUUCUGAACUUGAGGGUGACUGGAGUGAAGAUGAGGAGAUGGGAUUGGAAGCAGGAAAGGAUGAUUCUAGUAAAAAUGACGAUAUUCGUGUUAUUUUGCGUACAUCAACCAAUCCAACUCUGGAUGAUGAUGAUGAUGUUGGGAUGAAGGGUCAGAGUGCUGUUGAGGAAGUGGAGCAGAAUCUUUCGGCUCUGCUUGAGGAUUGGAACAAUGAUUCUCAGAAUAGCACGAAAGAGAGUGUUGAGAGUGAGAAGAAGAAGGAGGAGGAAGAGGAGGAGAAGGAGGAGGUUAAAACUGAAGAACCGAGUGAGGAAGUUGAAAAGGUGGAGAGACAAAAGUCCGCAGAGGUGAAAGAAGAAGAUAAGGAUGACUCUAAGAGUGAAGAGAGCAAGAAGAGCAGCGAAAUCAAGACAUUAAUCAAUGAUUGGGGAGAUGAUGAUGAAGAUCUAUAAUUUUUUGGAUUAGUUGCAAAAAACUUUCAUUAGAAGUGAAUUUUUCAUUAGAUGUUUAGGUGGCAUAUAUUUAGAUGAUGAUGGUGACCACAAUUUUCCUUGAUCACUAAAAUCCUUUUUCUCUUUUUUUUUCAUCAAAAAAAUGUAACACGCAUAUUUACAAACUUACACUAACAAAAAAAAGCCCCAGCUAAAAUAUUUUUCUUUUCAUUAAUUGUAUCAUUCUAAAAAAUCUACGUGUAAUUUUACAUUGUAUCUUGAAUUAUCUCUAGAAAAUGUAAGAGCAGAGAAAAUAAAGAAUUACAAAAAUGCUUAGAGCUCUAAA